CUUAAGUAAUGUGAUCGCUUCAUAUAUUUAAUACCCCUCCUGUUUUAUUUACCUCAGGCUGCUGUGAAGGGCUGUACUGGAGCUAAAAAUGGUGUGGCUGCUGUUAUCUUUGGGACUGCUUGCACCAGAACUGGCCCAAGGCUGGCUGUUCAGCAGGAAACGGCUGGACCCUGAAGUUAACAUGAAUAUUAGUGGGAUCAUCAGGCACUGGGGUUAUCCAGCUGAAGAGUUUGAGGUGGUCACUGAGGAUGGCUACAUCCUGAGCAUCAACAGAAUCCCACAUGGAGUCAUCAGCAAAGCUUUGCAAGAUCCUAAGCCUGUGGUGUUCCUCCAGCAUGGUCUCCUGGCUGCAGGGAGUAACUGGGUUUCCAAUCUCCCCAGCAACAGCCUUGGCUUCCUCCUGGCUGACGCAGGGUUUGACGUGUGGCUGGGUAACAGCCGAGGGAACACUUGGUCAAGAAAACAUGUCAGCCUCAGCCCUAAACAAAACCAAUACUGGAAGUUUAGCCGUGAUGAAAUGGCUAAGAAGGACCUUCCAGCAGUGAUAAACUUCAUCACAAAAACCACAAAGCAGGAUAAGAUCUUCUAUGUUGGCCAUUCUCAGGGAACCACUAUAGCUUUCAUGGCAUUUUCCACAAUGCCAGAGCUGGCUAACAAAAUCAAGAUGUUUUUUGCUCUGGCCCCUGUAGCCACAGUAGCCUUCACAAGCAGUCCAAUCACCAAACUGAGCGUCCUUCCAGAACCGUUGAUUUGGGGUCUCUUUGGAAGGAAAAGCUUUUUUCCUCAAAAUAAACUCCUCAAAUUUUUUGCAACAAAAUUCUGCAGCAAGAAACUGGUUAAUGUGUUGUGUCGAAACAUAAUGUUCCGCUUGUUUAACUUUGACAAGAAGAACCUAAACAUGACGAGAAUACCUGUGUACAUCACGCACUCUCCAGCUGGAACAUCUGUACAGAACAUGGUGCACUGGACUCAGGCUUUGAAAAGUGGGAAACUAAUGGCAUACAACUAUGGAGCAAUUGGAAAUAUGGUUCAUUACAAGCAGUUGACUCCUCCUCAGUACAACGUGAAGGACAUGAAGGUGCCCACAGCGCUGUGGUCAGGAGGGCAAGACAUCCUGGCAAAUCCAAGAGACAUUGCAAUGCUGCUCACACAGAUUCCUAACCUUGUGCACCAUCAUCGCAUCGAGCACUGGGGACACCUGGACUUCAUCUGGGGUCUGGAUGCUCCUUACAUGAUGUACAACGAACUGAUCAAGCUGAUGAGAAAGCAUGUGUGA